UAAACAAGCCUGAGCUUGGUAUGACUUUAUAAAAAGAGCUUUGAUGGGUGGCUUUUUUCUUGGGGUCUCAGCAAGCACACAGGGCUGCCAGAGGACUGCUCUUCAGUAAAAAAUCUUCUGAGGUUCUUGGUCAAAGGACCUCCCUGUUUAUGCUGAGCUGCAUCCCUUGAUCACUUCUUUCCUUUGAUGCAUCUCAGCAGUGACCUCCGAGAUACUUCAUCCACCAUUCCUGAUCCUUGUCUUGUAGAUAUCCGAGUGGCCACCUUUGCCCGUGGCAGAAGCAUCAACCUGGCCCUGUCUCACAGGGGACGCCAAGCCCUGCGAGCUGUGGGGAUGGAGGAGCAGAUUGUGGCCAAGGGCAUUCCCAUGAGGGCAAGGAGGAUACACACACCUUCAGGGAAAAAAUACUCCAUCCCUUAUGGGAAGAAGGACCAGUACAUUCUCUCUGUGGACAGAGCAAACUUAAACAAAGAGCUGCUGACAGCUGCCGAGACGUACUCCAACACUAAACUGUUCUUUGGACACAAGCUCCUCGGGUGUAAUGCAGAGUUGGGGACAUUAUCCAUAAAAAGGUCUGACCAGCAGACCUUGGAAGUGAGCUAUGAUCUCAUCGUGGGGUGUGACGGAGCCUUCUCAACAGUCAGGAAACAGUUCAUGAGGCAAACACGCUUCAACUACAGCCACGAGUACAUUCCUCAUGGCUACAUGGAGCUGACCAUCCCUCCCAAGGAUGGAGAUUUUGCCAUGGAACCAAACUACCUCCAUAUCUGGCCGAGAAACACCUUCAUGAUGAUUGCACUACCCAACAUGGACAAGUCCUUCACCUGCACGCUCUUCAUGCCCUUUGAGGAGUUUGAGAAGCUCACAACAGGCGAGCAAGUGCUGGGGUUUUUCCAGACCUACUUCCCAGAUGCCAUUCCCCUCAUCGGAGAGCAAGAGCUGAAGCACGAUUACUUUUUGCUGCCAGCCCAGGCCAUGAUCUCUGUGAAGUGCUCUUCCUACAACCUCUCCUCCCGGUGCGUGCUGAUGGGAGAUGCUGCUCAUGCUGUGGUGCCCUUCUAUGGACAGGGCAUGAAUGCAGGCUUUGAAGAUUGUCUGGUCUUUGAUGAAUUAAUGGACCAGUUCCACAAUGACCUUGGUGCCUGCCUCCCUGAGUUCUCCAGACUGAGGGUGCCAGAUGACCACGCGAUUUCGGAUUUAGCCAUGUACAAUUACGUAGAGAUGCGCGAGCACGUCAAUUCAACGUGGUUCAUUUUCCGGAAGCGCGUAGACAACUUUCUCCACGCCCUCAUGCCUUCCACCAUUGUCCCACUGUACACCAUGGUGACCUUCACCAGAAUUCGCUACCAUGAGGCCCUUCAACGCUGGAAAUGGCAGACAAAGGUAAUUAAUCGAGGGCUCUUUGUAGUGGGGGCAGCAGGACUGGGUGGCACCUACCUGCUGAUAAAGUGUCUGGCACGGAACUUGAACUUCUGCCUGGAAGACUGGAGGGGCUGGCCCCAUUAUCUAAAGAAUAUUGGAAAUCUUCCCUUUGGCACACGAGUGGUUUAAAGGUAUGGGGAGAGCCUGACCCCUGCCUGGCUACAUCCCCCUGUCAGAAUGUUGUAGAGAGUGAUAAGGUGUCCACUGAGCCUCCUUUCCUCCAGGCUAAAUACUCCUAGCUCCCUCAGCUGCUUCUCACAGGACUUGUGCUCUAAAUUCUUCACCAGUUCUGUUGUCCUUGUGGGGCUGGCCCCAUUAUCUGAAGAAUAUUGAAAACCUUCCCUUUGGCACACGAGUGGUUUAAAUGUAUGGGGAGCUCCUUGUUUUAAUAAAAACGAAGGCACGGACUGUUUGCUCA